UAUUUUUUGGGGUAAAAGCAUAUCUAGAGCUCUUACCUCUCAUUGCGUUCCCCUCUCUCUAUAUUGUUUGAUCUUUCUCAAAAAACCCUAAUUUCUACUCUCUCUUCUUCCCUGUAUUGUUAUAUCCAAUUUCAUUUGAGUUCCCAUUCUUAUGUGCAAUCUUCUGAAACCGGAAUAUCUCAUUAAAAUCCUAAUUUGAUGCCCGUAAUUUUCUAUGUGAGCUGCACGAGCAAGCUCAACAAUGGCGGCCAGACCUCUUGUGAGCAGAGUCCAUCUCCUCUGCAAAACUUUAAAUUUUAACUCAAACCCUAACAUUUCACGCAGGAAUAUAUCCAUUACUGCUUUCUUGAACCAGGAGCCCCAGCUCCAAGAAGCUCCUCCACCUUCAUCGCCAUUGCCGCCAAGCCCUUCAACUGGUAGCCCUUUAUACCAGGAAAACUGGCGAAACCCUGGCUCUAUUCAAGAAACCGUAAUCUCUCAGUCCCUGGUUCCAUUAGGGUUUCUUCACCAGACUCCGUCUACAAGGAUCCAAGCUUUCUCUCAAACCCUAGAUCUUCCAAGUCUUUUGAAUGCCUUUGCAGAUUGGAUGACUUCACAGAGAUGGUCUGAUCUCAAGCAACUGUUUGAGUUUUGGAUUAGGUCUCUGGAUACAAAUGGGAAGCCUAAUAAACCUGAUGUGAACUUGUACAACCAUUAUUUGAGGGCUAACUUGAUGAUAGGGGGAUCAGCUGGCGAGCUCCUCGACCUCGUCGCUCAAAUGGAAGAUUAUGGGAUUUCACCGAAUACUGCUUCAUAUAAUCUGGUUUUGAAGGCCAUGUAUCAGGCGAGAGAGAGUGAAGCUGCUGAGAAGCUGCUUGAUCGGAUGAUCCAGGCAGGAAAGGAUGCUUCCCCAGAUGAGGAAUCAUAUGACUUGGUCAUUGGACUUCAAUUUCUAGUGAACAAGAUCGAUGAUGCCCUUAAGUAUCUUGACCUGACAUUGAAGUCUGGUUAUAUGCUGUCAAUGAGAGUCUUCACAGACUGUGUUCGGAGUUGUGUAAAGGCUGGGACAUUGGAUACUUUGACUUCAAUCAUAGAGAGAUGCAAGAGAAUGGAUCAAAACAAGGCUUUGUGCCCAUCCUGGAACCUGUGUACAUACCUUGCUGAUGUUGCAUUACAAGCUGAUAAUGGCAAGUUGGCAUUUCAUUCCUUGGAAUUUUUUGCACGAUGGAUUGCUCGUGGUGAAAAUGUGAGGCCUCCAGUCCUUCUUUCUGUCGAUGAAGGCUUGGUUGUGUCUGCAUUGGGAACAGCUGCGAGGACUUGCAAUUCUAAUCUUCUUGAUGCUUCUUGGGCAAUAUUGAGACGUUCGUUGCGUCAGAAGAGGGCACCGAAUCCUGAGUCUUAUUUAGGGAAGAUAUAUGCUUAUUCAAUGUUGGGGACCUUACAAAGGGCAUUUGCUACUUUGAACGAAUUCGAGACUGCAUAUGCCAAUCCUACUGCUGUGGAUGAAGAGUUGUUUUCUCCUUUUACUUCCUUAAAUCCUCUGGUUGUGGCAUGUUCCAAGAAUGGUUUUGCGACAUUGGACUCGGUGUAUUUUCAGUUGGAGAAUUUAAGCCGUGCGGAUCCGCCUUACAAGUCUGUUGCUGCUGUGAAUUGUGUAAUAUUAGGUUGUGCAAACAUAUGGGAUCUUGAUCGAGCCUAUCAGACAUUUGAGGCCAUCAGCAACACCUUUGGUUUGACCCCAGAUAUCCAUUCGUAUAAUGCAUUGUUGUUUGCAUUUGGGAAGAUGAAAAAGACAUUUGAAGCUUCGAGGGUGUUCGAGCAUUUGACAAGCUUAGGUGUGAGACCAAAUGAGACAACAUAUUCAUUGCUUAUUGAUGCCCACCUCAUCAACAAGGACCAGAAAUCUGCGCUCUCAAUCAUUGAUGAGAUGAUGAAUGCUGGGUUUGCCCCAUCAAAAGAAAGUCUCAAAAAGGUUAGGAGGCGAUCUGUCCGUGAGUUUGAUGACGAAAGCAAUGAGCAGGUCCGGAUACUGGCAAGCAAGCUCAAAUACAGAAUGGGUGGUGAGGCCCGUCGAGAUAUGCUAUUUGGGCUCAACUAUAGCACUGAAUUGCCCUAAAGCAAAUCUAGGGGUGAUGGAAGGCCUAAUAAAAUGCGUGGGAGUCUCUCGGGAUUGCAGGCUCGAAUAUACACUAAUACUGAGUGUUUCUUAUUGGAAGAAUGAUUUGCAUGUAAAUUUUUGUUAAGAUAUUUUCCUUUUCCUUUGCUGACCAAACAGAUUGUACGGAGUUAAUGAUAUCUUUUCUUUGACCUUU